UUGUCCAUAAUGAGUGUUUUAUCUUCAUGGGUUUUUUUUUAAACCCUGAAUGUUUACCUCGCCUGCGUGAGUCUGCGCGUGACGUCACUGACGUCAGACGCCGUAUAUCCAACAUGGAGGACGGCGGAAUGCUAGUUGAGAAGGUUCAGGACGAUGUUCCAGCCAUGUUGAGCUCACGACCUCAGACUGGUUUGUCCUUCUUGGCUCCAGAACCAGAGGAUCUGGAGGAUCUGUACAGCAGAUAUAAGAAGCUGCAGCAGGAGCUGGAGUUUUUGGAGGUGCAGGAGGAGUACAUUAAAGAUGAACAGAAGAACCUGAAGAAAGAGUUCCUCCAUGCUCAGGAGGAGGUGAAGAGGAUCCAGAGCAUCCCGCUGGUGAUUGGUCAGUUCCUGGAGGCUGUAGACCAGAACACAGCCAUUGUUGGCUCCACUACAGGGUCGAAUUACUAUGUGCGGAUCCUGAGCACUAUAGACAGAGAGCUGUUAAAGCCCAACGCCUCUGUGGCUCUGCACAAACACAGCAACGCUCUGGUGGAUGUUCUGCCUCCGGAGGCUGACAGCAGCAUCAUGAUGCUCACCUCAGAUCAGAAACCAGAUGUGAUGUACGCCGAUAUCGGAGGGAUGGACAUCCAGAAGCAGGAGGUGCGGGAGGCUGUGGAGCUUCCACUCACACACUUCGAGCUCUAUAAGCAGAUUGGUAUUGACCCCCCAAGAGGAGUGCUGAUGUACGGACCCCCCGGCUGUGGAAAAACCAUGCUGGCUAAAGCUGUGGCUCAUCACACCACAGCGGCAUUUAUUCGUGUUGUGGGCUCCGAGUUUGUUCAGAAAUACCUGGGUGAAGGGCCACGUAUGGUCAGGGAUGUGUUCCGGUUGGCCAAAGAGAACGCACCCGCAAUCAUCUUCAUCGAUGAGAUCGACGCCAUCGCCACCAAGCGCUUCGACGCACAGACAGGAGCUGACAGAGAGGUGCAGAGAAUCCUUCUGGAGCUGCUGAAUCAGAUGGAUGGAUUCGACCAGAACGUUAAUGUGAAGGUCAUCAUGGCCACUAACAGGGCCGACACUCUGGACCCGGCUCUGCUGCGUCCGGGUCGUCUGGACCGUAAGAUUGAUUUUCCUCUGCCGGAUCGCAGACAAAAGCGUCUCAUCUUCUCCACCAUCACCAGCAAGAUGAACCUGUCUGAGGAGAUGGACCUGGAGGACUAUGUUGCCCGACCCGACAAGAUCUCUGGAGCAGAUAUUAACUCCAUCUGCCAGGAGGCUGGAAUGUUGGCUGUUCGUGAAAAUCGUUAUAUCGUCCUGGCCAAGGAUUUUGAGAAGGCUUACAAGACGGUCAUUAAAAAGGACGAGCAGGAGCACGAGUUCUACAAGUAGAGACAGCAGAUCACCUCACAGUUAGCUUAGCUGUUUAUUUACUUUCUUCUUUGCAAUGUUUAUUUGUACGUAUUCUCUCUCUCACACACACACACACACACACACAGACACAGAUGCACUACAGUAUCUGCACCUGACACACAGACUGUGACUCCACUGGAUUUAAACACACACAGCAACUUCAGUACAUUUUACAGAUUGAUGUAAACUGCAAAAAGAAACAAUAAAAAAUUUUUUUUUCCAUAA